UGAAGUGAUUAUUGAUGUUUAUAAAUAUGUAUUAAAAUUAAUAAUUUUCUACGAAGAUCGUUUGGGAUACUCCGUUGCAUCUAUUCAGAAGUGUAAGUGGAAGUUAGGCUGCAGUGUGAAGACAAUAUGGAGGAGACUACGCCUUCCGAGAUAGGAGACGACAAACACAUACAUCUUGCAAAUGGCAAUCAUUGCCUGCGAUCUAGAAGCCUAUCUACAAACAGUAUAAUAGACUUAGAUGGCGAUGACAGUCAUUCGAAUGAGAUGCCCCAACCACUUUACUACAAAGGUAUUUACUGCCCAACAAUCAUAAAUACUUUUAAGACGCCUAGCAUAGAGCUUUCCUAUCAAAGGUACUCUCGGAAGCAGCGACAAAAAUCAGUCAUCCAAGUCAAUCUAGUCGACUUAGCGCUGAAAGUGGCACUAAUAGUUAUUUAUACGAUAACUGAUAAAUAUGAUGCUAUUCCGAGUAUAACACAUGUAACAUGGACAGCUGCGUUCAUGUGUAUCAAUCUGCUUCUAUGCUGCAUCAGCUUAUGGACAAACUUCGCGAACAAACAUCUUCACUGGGCCGCCGCCGCUACCUGGAUGCUGCUUCUAGUCCAAGGUUUAUGUAAACAAGGCAUUGGCUUCCACGGAAUCACAGAAUCUCAGAACCAAGUAUGGUACAUGCUCUUCAUAAUUUUUGUACCAUACGCCAUGUUCCCACUGUCCCUGUGCUGGUGCAUCACCAUCGGAAUGCUGUCCAUUGCAGCACAAUUCGUACAGAUCCUGGUGGACAUUAAAAUGCGCAUACAAUCUGAAACUACUGCUAUCAAUUGUCUUGGUAACGACUACAACUGCACUCUUCGAAUAACAGCUAGCAAUUUGGUACUGUAUGUAGCUGUGAACCUUGCCGGACUGUAUGCCAAGUCCCUAAUGGACUGGGGGCAGAGGAAAGUUUUUCUGGAGACGCGAAAGUCUAUGAUCGCUUACGAGAAGACUAAAAAAGAAAGUGAUAAACAACUCAAGCUUUUUCAAAGCGUAAUACCCGACUUCAUGGCGGAAAAGAUUAUAGGCAUCUGUGCAAAAGGUGAGAUAAUUGAUGAGGAGCAGUUGAGUAAGCUGGUCAAUGUAACACCCAUCCACCAGGACGUGUCCAUACUGUUUGCUGACAUCAAAGGCUUCACUGAAUUAUCCAGUAAAUGCAGCGCAGAAGAAUUGGUUGAUACGCUGUAUGCACUGUUCGCAGGUUUUGACAAGUUGGCAUCGGAGAACAACUGCGUCCGCAUAAAGCUGCUAGGAGACUGCUACUACUGUGUCAGCGGGGUGCCGGAGCGGCGAGAGGACCACGCCCAGUGCUGCGUCAACAUGGGACUUAGCAUGAUACGCGCCAUCCGAGAAGUACGAGAAACUAUGAAGGACACAAUGGAAGGAGAACUGGACAUGCGCAUUGGAAUUCACAGUGGUAAAGUGCUGUGCGGAGUGCUGGGUCUUCUGAAGUGGCAAUUCGACCUGUGGUCACGUGAUGUCACCCUUGCACAACACAUGGAGAGUGGAGGAUUGCCUGGACGCGUGCACAUUUCGGCUGCUACUCUUGAAUGCUUAAACGGAGCCUUUGAGGUGGAACCAGGGUAUGGUGGAACGCGAGAUCCAUACCUCAAGGAACACCAUCCAGAUACCUACUUCAUCAAAUUCCCGGAUCCAGAACCAAUACAAUACCCGAAAAUUACCCACAGAAACAGUCUGCCGUCAACCUCACAGUUAACCUGGGACCUUCCUCCUGGCCGUCGACCAAGCAGCCUCGCUGAGGAAUGGACUCCGAAGUUUCCUUUCGCAGAUUUAUAUGAUGUUAAUCCAAGCUAUGAAGAUCUCGCCCAAGACGUACCACCUAUAUCAGAAGUUGAGGAAAGUGACAUAAUAAAUCACUUGCUUGAAACGAAUCCCAUGCAACGAAUGCGCUUGCAAUUUAUGUACGGUUGGUCGCUGCGUUUCAACCGGCCCACCAUCGAGGCUCAGUUCGGAAGACUGGACGAGGAGACCUUCAAGUCCAACAUCAUGUGCUGUUUCGUUCUCUGGCUCUUCGUUGUAGCUGUACAAAUCCUUGUUUACUAUAACUGUCCGACUCUCAUUGUGGUGCUGGCAGUAAUGACGGUUCCUCUAACGCUCUCGUUCGCUCUGGUGAUGCUGGAAGAGUUCACCUGUGUCCCCAUGGUGUUGUACAGGAUCUCUGUGCAUUUCAACAAGAUGCGCACGUUCAAGAUUGUUCACAUCUGCUGUUUCAUCACUGUUAUGGCUGUAACCAGUACGGUAAAGCUUUACUCGUGUCCGUUGUUGUACCUCCCCGAGCGUCCGAACACCAACACUGCAAUCAAUAUAAUCUGUGCGCCAGACAAUAUAACUACAGUUAAAGAUCCAGUCGAGUGCUACCGGCCGGAGUACGUGGUGUUCACGUGGGUGCUGUGCCUGGUGGCGCUAACCUCGGUGCUGAAGCUGUACUUCAUUAUAAAGACAAUUCUAGCCAUCGUCAACGUAGUCAUGUACUGCAUCAUACUGGUCCGCUACUACAAAUAUUAUCAGACUAGGAAUGCGUUACUCCCCGCACAGAUGCUGGUCCUGAUGAUAGGGUUUCUAAUAGUAGUGGUGAUACACGCAAGGCUUCUGGAAGUGAUCUCACGGCUGGACUUCCUCUGGAAACUGCAAGCGAAGACUGAUCUCGAUGAGAUGAAGUACACACAACGGUCUAACAAGAAUUUGCUAAAGUAUAUCCUACCUGAUCAUGCAGUGAAGCAUUUCCUUAGUAAAGAUUGGCAACAGAAUCCAGAUAAACUUUACUCUCAUGUUCACCCUGAAGUGGGUGUUAUGUUCGCGAGCAUUGCGAACUUCGACGAAUUUUAUUCGGACAAAAAUGCCCUCAAAUGCCUUCGUAUACUUAACGAAAUUAUAUUUGUUUUCGACAAGUUAAAACUACAAAAUCGAUACAAGUGCGUAGAAAAAAUCAAGACUGUGGGCGCAAUUUAUAUGGCUGCAUCGGGGCUACAAACUGAUCCAAAGAAAGGAGAGAAACAAGGGCAUGAACACUUGUACACACUUGUGGACUUUGCUCUCGCGCUCAGGGAGACUGUCAAAAGUAUCAGCUAUUACGAAUUCCGACUACGAAUUGGAAUAAGCUGCGGUCCCCUUGUGGGCGCUGUGAUUGGUGCAACCAAGCCGGUGUAUGACAUCUGGGGUAACACCGUCAACGAGGCUUCCAGGAUGGAGAGUACCGGGGAAAUAGAUAAGAUACAGGUUACGAAGGACACCAAGGAGAUAUUAAGCGGAUACUACGUUCUUGAGAGUUGCGGCAUGAAAUCUGUAAAGGGCAAAGGGAUGAUGGAGACAUGGUACGUGGUGAAGAAGACGAGGGAGAAGUAUGAAGACGAGAUGAAUGCAUUGAAUUUGGAUCAGAAGCCGACCGCACCACCUCGAUCCCUCGCCGCACUCGUUUACUCCAUAUUGCAGUCACGAAGACGCAUCAAUACUCAUCCACUUGACGCAUCUUCUUUGCCUAAAAAAAGCGAAGGUGUUCGGAAAAACCGCGCAGUGACCGCGCCAUGUAGCUCAAACAAUAUCGGUAAUUUAUGGCGGCCGAGACCACGGACUGCAAAAACGUUCAGCAAUGAACUAGAACUAGAUGGUGAAACAUGUGUACGGAGACAGCGGCGUGUGAACCCUCGAAUAUCGAUCAAUCCUAUAACUUCAUCCAGCAGUUCGACCAAUUCACCAGAUGGAGAUAGACAGUCUACGAGUAAGACUCCCGUUGAAGAAGCACCUCGUCGAAGUUUCUUAACCCAAUCUAGCUUCGAUGGGUCAAUCGGAUCAGCGCGUAUGCGUUCCAUCACGAACGCUUUUCUCUUCAAGAAUCGAGUGAAAAAUAUAAAGAGAGACAAAGUUAAAUUAUGUAUCGAAGACAGUGGUGACUAGGACAUCUAUACAAAUGUAAAAUAAAGGCUGUAUAAAAAUAUCAAUAUGUAAAUAUUAUGUACCUACCAAAAUAAACUCAUAUCGUCAGUGGAAAGGAAAAAAGACUAAAACGCCAAAACGCUACUUGUGGCAAAAGAGGAUUAAAGUUAAAAUUUAGCGAAAGGAAUUCAUAUCUUUUUAAGUAGGUAUUAAUGUUAAACUGUCCUUUUAAAAGGUCAUCGUGUUCCUAUUUUGUGCACAGAAACAAAAACAGAAAAAAUUCUAAUUACUAAAGUGCCAAAAAAAAUAGACGGAUUGACAUGAGACCUACACAGAUUAGCGCAGAAAAAAAAUACCUAUUCAGCAAUGUAUAAAACUCAUUUUGGCCCAAGUGGCGCUUUAGCGUUUUUUCCUUUCCACUGACGAUAUAAGUACCUUUAUAUAUAUUUACCUUUUUAUAUCAGUCAUAGAAU